AUGCGCACUAGGCCGUGCUUCUCCCUGUUGAAGUACUCCAUUCAGAACUAUUUUUCCGCUUCGAAGGAGUUUCUUUCCGUCAACCUCGAACUUUUAGAAUUUAUUCAAAAUCAGGAUGAAUUUAAAAACAUAAAAAAGUUGUCUUCUGACGAAAGUGAAAAAUGUGAAAAGAAGAAAAAAACGAGAAUUAUAAAAAACGAUAAAGACCUGCUAAAAGAGUUGGAAAAACAGAUUGACGAGAAAAAGCUGCAAAAAGAAAAGCUGAACAAGGAUAACAUGAAGAUGGAAGAAAUUGAAACUUUGUACUUGACAGAAAUUGAAAAAAAGCAAAAGGAGGAAGAAAGAAAUAUCAUUUUGAAGAACAAAGAAAGCGCACUGAUAAUAAAAAAUCAAAUUCAGGAAAAUUUCCUGAGGAAGCAGGAGGAAGAGAGAAUGAAAAUAAUCGAGGGGAAACUAAUGCAAAAGCAGUUUGAAAAAAAUAAAGUCGAAGAACUGGAGAAGAAAAAAGAAAAAGUGGAAGAGCAACGCGCCCUGUGCAGUUACAUCCUUGAGAGCAACAAGAAGCACAUUGAAGGUAACAGGCAAAAGGCGCAGAAUAUACGGACACAUUUGGAUAAGACAGUGCACGCAUUAGAGUAA